AUGGCCUCCGAAGCAUUCAACAUUAAGCCUGAAGACAUGUUUACGCCGCGCGGCGAGAAAUACGACCUCUCCAUCAUCCCUAACCUCUCUGGCAAAGUCGCCCUUGUGACUGGAGCGAACUCCCCAGGAAGCAUCGGCUACCAGAUCGCCCAGCACCUCCAUCAGGAAACUGACACCGUCCUGCCGCCGCCCACGUCCUUUUUGAUGCGUCCUGGGGCAUCCUUUUCCUUUCGAGCUUCAACCUUUUCAGAGUAG